AAAUUAUAACCAUUCUUAACUAGGUAAAGAAAACACAUUCAUAUUUUUUACUAUCAAUAGGGCACACAGCAAACCGGUGACAAUGAAGAUAGUCGCCAUUUUGGCAUUUUCGUUGGUGGUUGCCUUAGCUAACGCUCAAGGAAACUACAAGAAAGUCUGUUACUUUGCCAACUGGGCAUACUACCGCAACACAACUGGACAGUACGGAGUGGAUAAGCUUGAUGCCUUUGAGUGCACUCACUUGAUCUAUGGCUUUGCCGUUCUUAACAAUGUCACCUACGAAAUGACAGUUUACGAUUCUUGGGUGGACAUCAGUCUUGGUGGCUAUCAAAAGUUCACCGCUUUAAAGGCGCAAAAUCCUAACCUCAAGACACUGAUCGCACUCGGUGGCUGGAAUGAUUCGGCAUUUUCUACCCAGUAUUCAGAACUAGUGUCUGAUCCCGUUAAAAUGGCCAAUUUCGUGACAAAAGCUCUUGCUUUUGUUCGUCAGUACAAUUUUGACGGUCUCGAUUUCGAUUGGGAAUAUCCUGGAGAUCCGGGUAAACCUGAAGAUAAAGAGAACUUCAUUACGCUUUUGACGAUGCUUCGUGACGCUUUCAAGCCCUACAAUUUACUGCUAACUAUGGCUCCAUCGUGCAGUAUCGUCCGCGCCGAAGUCAGCUAUAAUAUCCCAGCUCUUGCGGAAGUCGUUGAUUUCGUGAAUUUCAUGGCAUAUGAUAUCCACGGUGCGUGGGAAACUGAAACCGACCAUCACGCCCCACUUUACCGCCGAAGCUUUGACGAUACUGUCAGCGACCAGAUUGUAUCCGAAUCAGUAGACUUCUGGUUGGCCCAGGGUAUGCCCGCUGAGAAGUUGAUUUUCGGUGUACCUAGCUAUGGUCGAUCCUACACUCUGGCUGACGUAAGCCAAACGGGACUGUUGGCCCCAGCUAUUGACGCUGGUGCUCCAGGGCCAUACACCGGCCUGAAGGGCUUCUAUUCCUUUUAUGAAAUCUGUUUGAUGGAACAAAGUGGCAUGACAGUAGUUACAGAUCCUACUGGCAAAAUGGGCGCUUAUGGCUAUAAAGGCAAUACGUGGGUGUCAUGGGAUGAGAUUGACAUGCUCAUCAGGAAAGUCCAAUACGCUAUGGAUAAAGGACUUGGUGGUAUCAUGUUCUGGGAACUCAGCUUAGAUGACUUCAACGGCUACUGCAAUUUGGGUCCAAGGCCUUUUUCCAAAACCAUUACCGCAACGCUGGAGGGACGCCCACCGCCCACUUCGGAUCCGUCGGGAACAACGGCAGCACCACCAGGCUCUUUAACUUGUGGAAGUGAAGGGGCUUACUACGCUGACCCUGCCGAUUGCAACAAAUACUACCGAUGCGUCAACGGAAAUAUCGUCACUAUGUACUGCCAAACUGGCCUUGUCUUCAACCCAUCGAUUAAUCAAUGUGACUGGCCUUACAACGUACCUAGCUGCGCUUAGAUGGUUAUCCAUAUCUCUUCAUCCGAAUUCCCAAUUUUCAAAAUCGAAAUGGAGUCGGACAAACUAAGCCUUCCUCCAUUAUUAAAAUUCGAUUCAUGAAAGUGCAAUUGCUAUAGCAAAACACAAUCAACUACAGCAGCUAGAAAAAUUAUACCAUUAUGAAAGCAUUUCUCUUUUCUCUUUUCUUGUAUACAUUGAUUAUUAUCAGAACUGGUAAUGUUAAUUCGUGUGAAUCCGCAUUCUAAUUAUCUUGUUUUCAUGGCAAAGUCACAUUUAACUGAUUGUAUAGUCUAACUGACGAUCUAAUGCUGAUAAAUGAACAGGUUAUUAUUGAA